CAUUAUAUUUAGAUCGUGUCAUGAAAGGAUGCAGUGAUGAACAUUGUAGCUGAUCACAGACAUGUUGUUGAGCGCAUGAAAGCAGUGAUCUCAUCAUUGCAACUUAAUUUUGAAUGCUUUCAUCGUAACUAACAGUGCAAACACGAUGUAUCUAAGAGACUGGUUGAAUAAAACAGGAGUUUUGGCGCGUGUCCAGAACUCAGUCACUGAUAAACUCGGGGUGUUUGAUUGACAGCUCCAGUGAUUGUAAAGGGAGCGUUCUUUGAUCAUUUUCUAUAUAUAAUGUAAUCACAGUUUAAAUAACAGAUUAUUUUUUAUUAUAGUUUAGUCACUGGUUUGAAUUACCGACAUAUAGACAUAGAACAUCUGACUGUACAUGAAUCAUUAUAUCAGAUCAGGCAUUUGAAUUAACACAUUAUCGCAUUACUGUCAAGUCCAAAUCGUAAAACCGCUCCUGAUUGUCUAUCUUCAUAUCUAUGAAGAUAGGCACAUUCCAGGAUCAGUUGUUUGCUGGGCCUGGUGUCAAUAAAAGCUUUUCUUGGACUAACAAGGAAGUUUUCAGUUCUGAAACUUCCUCUAUCAAAAGCUCAAGGAAAAGUUGAUUUCUCAAUUCAUGAGCUCUUUAAGCUGCACCCUUGUCUGCACUCUUUGUUCAGUUGCUGUUGUUUUACAUGUGUUUGCUCAACCUGUCUGCCUAUUUUUGGAGUUAUAAUUAAACUUUAACUUUUUUGAACCUGGUUCUUCUGUCUUCAUCACUCAUUUUUAGAGUGUACUUUUACAAAACUACCUUUUGUCUUUCCCAGUCUGUGAACUUAUAAAAAAUUUUUUACAUUUGCCCCAGAUGUGCUGUCCAUGUGGUUUCAUGAUGUACGUUCAUCUUCAUAGAACUGACUGCACAAACUAUUAAAUAUUUCCUGUGGUCUAAUGUGUUACUUUAAUUCACACAUUGUGUGAGACUCAUUCUGUCUCUUUUCUCACACUCGCUGUAAUGGAGUUGUUCAUCUUCGUUGUUUUUCAGCUUCUUAUAGAGGUUCAGUCUUACAGUUCACUUCAGAAACCCUUCAUCAGUGUUAGUGAUGAUGGAGUCCAGAUUAACAUAGCCUGUGAAAUACCAGAUCCAGUCAGAGCUGAUUUCACCUGUAGUCUCUACACUGAGGAUGAUCUUCUGCACUCUCAGAGGAAACAGUCUGGAGAACUUCUUUGUAUGUUUUAUGUAACUCCUGGUGAACUCUUGACACGAUCAGUGAGCAGACAGCUGAGCUGUGAUUAUUCACUCAACACUGAACCUGAGAUCAGAUCACCGCGCAGUGACACACAAACCAUCAGAGGUUCACUUCAGAAACCCUUCAUCAGUGUUAGUGAUGAUGGAGUCCAGAUUAACAUAGCCUGUGAAAUACCAGAUCCAGUCAGAGCUGAUUUCACCUGUAGUUUCUACACUGAGGAUGAUCUUCUGCACUCUCAGAAGAGACAGUCUGGAGAACGUCUUUGUAUGUUUUAUGUAACUCCUGGUGAACUCUUGACACGAUCAGUGAGCAGACAGCUGAGCUGUGAUUAUUCACUCAACACUGAACCUGAGAUCAGAUCACCGCGCAGUGACACACAAACCAUCAGAGGUUCACUUCAGAAACCCACCAUCAGUGUUGGUGAUGAUGGAGUCCAGAUUAACAUAGCCUGUGAAAUACCAGAUCCAGUCAGAGCUGAUUUCACCUGUAGUUUCUACACUGAGGAUGAUCUUCUGCACUCUCAGAGGACACAGUCUGGUGAACUCUUGACACGAAUAAUGAACAGACAGCUGAGCUGUGAUUAUUCACUCAACACUGAACCUGAGAUCAGAUCACUGCGCAGUGACACAAUCACCAUCAGAGUGACCUCUUCAACUAAAGCUUUGACAAGAGCCAUAAAAGCUUCAACAGCGACCUCUACUGGUGAAACUUUGACAGACAAAACAACUUCUGUUUUCACUCCAGCUUCUGCUCCUCAAACCACCAGAGAGACACAAACAUCUGUUCCUCAUUCUGAUCACAUUCACUCUGAAGCUUCAACAGCGACCUCUACCGGUGAAACUUUGAAAGACAAAACAACUUCUGUUCCUCAUUCUGAUCACAUUCACUCUGAAGUCUCGUGGCUUUCAGUAGUGCUGGUUUUCACUGGUGUUGGUUUAUUUCUGUCUGGACUCAUGGGAUUCAUCUGUCUCUGUCACUUUGACAGUUCUGAUGAUCUUCUCACAGAGGUGAACUACAGCUCCUGCCAGGUGGAAACAACAUCUCUGUUAACUUCCUCUGUGUGCUCCAAAAAACAUGGAUGAACCGCUUCAUUUCUUCACUUGUUGCACCUCUAAAGAGAAAAAAUGAUUUGUACAGAAAGAAUGAUAGUAGCCUAUUACUGUAUUUAGCUAGUGAAUACAUUUACUGAACAGCAGGCCAAGGCAGCUUGGACAGUUUGUAUUCACUGUAAAAAUGAUUGUAAUAUUAACUGUAAAAGACUGUAAAAUGCUACCCGUUAAAGGGAUAGUUCACCAAAAAAUGAAAAUUCUGUCAGGGAGGGGGAGGGGAAGGAUCAGAGGAAGGACAGAUCGACGAGCUGGAACUCGAACUCGGGUCACCCAAGUGGCCGACAAGGCUAUCAACAAAGAAGAUGGGACAUUAUUUUCAACUGCAAUCUUUUAUUUUCUAUCAUUUAUUGCAUUUUGCCUGUACAUAAAUGAACCUUUAUGUUAUGUCAUAUAUGAUAUGUCAUAUAAAAAUAUGUAUUGCAUUUAUGAAUAAAAGGCUCAGCACCCAAGGCUCUAUCGCAUAUUGCCUCAAAGGUGUACAGUGUCUUUGGGCGGGUUAGACAAUCUUGGAGCAAAAAUGUAGGAGUCCUAAAUUUAGGACUGACAUGUCCAUUAUUUUUAAGAGUUUCUCCUAAAAUGGCAAGUUAAAAGCUACUUUUAGCCUUAAGAUGUUUUGUGAAUACAACCCCAGAUCUGCUGUACAUGUGGUCACAUGAUGUACGUUCAUCAUCAUAGAACUGACUGCACAAGCAAUAAAUGUUUCCUGUGGUCUAAUGUGUUACUUCCUAAUUCACCUAUUGUUUGAGUC